CUAACUUUAUCUUCACCACCAGCAUUUUCUCACUCCUCCUCUCUCUCUCUAGAAUUUCCCUAGGGUUUAAUUUAGUUACGAACCGACUUCUCUGACAAAUUGUUUAUCCGCCAUCUCUCGCCAUGGGCUCGCUACUCGAUCCGGGCGAGUCGACUCAGCCCCCGCCGAGUUUCGACGAUUUCCAGCGCCAGACCUCACUCAUGACGAGCUGCACUCUCCUCUGGAAGGAGCUCUCCGACCACUUCACCACUCUCGAGCAGGACCUCAUAAGGAAAUCCGACGCGCUCAAGGCCAAGGUGGAAGCCCUCUCUCACGAGACGCAGCAGUCGCUCAACGCGCUCGAAUCGCGCGAGUCCUCCAUCUCGAGAUCGCUCUCGAUCGCCUACGAGACGCUCGAGCAGGCAACGAAGAUGUCGAUCUCCUUCUCCGGCGAGGACGCGGAGGCGGAGGUUGACGAUUCGGAGGGCUUGCUGAUGAAAUUGAGGGGUUUCUGCCGCAGAAUGGCGGCGAAGGAGUUCUGGAUCUUCGUGACCUCGCGGAAGAAGGAGAUCGAGCUGUUCCGGUCGGAGCUGCCGAAAGCCCUCUCCAGCUGCGUCGAUCCGCCGCGAUUCGUGCUGGAGGCGAUCUCCGAGGUGUUUCCGGUGGCGAGCAAUAGCAAUAGCAAUAGCUAUGAUUUGGGGUGGGCGUGCGUGCUGCUGCUGGAGUCGCUGAUUCCGGUGAUGGUGGAUCCUGUGCUGGGGAAGGAGAGGAUGCUGGUGACGCCGAGCAUCAAGGGGAAGGCGGAGGAGAUAGCGGAGGCGUGGAAGAAGAGCCUCGAGGAGAGAGGUGGAAUUGAGAAUGUGAAGACGCCUGAUGUGCACACCUUUUUGCAGCAUUUGGUGACAUUCGGUGUUGUGAAGGAGGCGGAUGUCGAUUUGUACCGGAAACUCGUCGUCGCCUCUGCGUGGAGGAAGCAGAUGCCGAAGCUCGCCGUCUCUCUCGGCCUUGGUGAUAAGAUGCCCGAUAUGAUUGAAGAAUUGAUUGGAAGGGGACAACAAGUUGACGCCGUGCACUUCACAUAUGAAGUCGGUCUAGCUGACAAAUUCCCCCCUGUCCCGCUAUUGAAGGCUUUUCUGAAAGAUGCAAAAAAGACAGCCACAUCAAUCUUGGAAGACCCCAACAAUUCUGGCCGUGCAUCGCAUAUGGCUGCAAAGAAGGAGCAAUCAGCCAUCCGUGCCGUUCUUAAGUGCAUUGAAGAAUACAAACUCGAGGCCGAGUUCCCACCACAAGACCUGAAGAAGCGCCUCGAGCAAUUAGAGAAGGUCAAGAUCGAGAAGAAGAAGCCAGCUAGCCCAGCAGCCAAGAGAACACGCGCCAGCACCGGAGGGCCCAUGCCUCCAGCCAAGGCCGGCCGUUCAACCAAUGCCUACGUUUCGUCGUUCCCUUCUCCUCCAACAUACGUGAGGUCUCCUCCGUCACACACCCAGUAUUCUCCCGCUGCAGUCCCAGCAUACCCAGCGGUGCCAGGCGUCUACGGGCAUGGUAGCAGAAGCCCCUCAUAUGUAUACUCCCCGGAGGCCCCCCCUCCGACCAUCGUCGGAUCGUACCCUGUCUCUCCCGUGAGCUUCCCGGCGUAUGGCGGAUACAGUAACGGGAUGGCACCAGCUUACCAGCAAGCUUACUACUGAUCGACAUGACUGGGAAGGUGACCACUGAUAUGAUGAUGACAACAACCACCAAUCCAAAUCCAAAUGUUUAUUUUGCAAUCGGUCUGUAAUCACUAACCUUUAAUGGUAGCUUUUAUCGGUGUGUUAAUCCUUUUAAUUACUGACCUUGACGAAGGGCAGCCUGUAUUAAUCUUUCUGAUUGUUGAAAAAACUUGGUAGUUUUAGGUGUU